AUGGAAAAAUUAAAAUAUAUUUUGAUUUGUGUCCUUAUAAGUUUGUGUUCAUGUGAUGCUUACAAGAUCUUGGCUGUGUUCCCUGUACCGAGCCCCAGCCAUGGGAUUCUUGGAGACAAUAUGGUCAAACAUCUUCUAAAUGCUGGACAUGAAGUAACCUACAUAACGCCUUUUGCUAGCAGACAGAAGAGUAAUCCAAAACUAAACAUAGUGGAUGUCACCGAUCAUCACAGUUUUUUUAAUCCGGACGUCUUGGACAUCACGCAGAUAAUGACAGGGGCAGUGAACUUCAAGGACCACAACGUCAUAUUUUCCAUGAUGGUGCACAUAGCAACAAUGACGCUAGGACAUGAGAAUGUCCAGAAGCUUAUGAGAGAUCCACAACAGAAGUUUGAUGUCAUCAUCGGCGAAUAUAUGUUCGCCGAUUUGUAUUCCACAUUCCCAGCAGUAUUCCAAUGCCCUUACAUCUGGUUUUCAACAGUUGAACCACAUUGGAUGGUUGUGAACCUGGUUCAUAGUCCAAUGAAUCCAGCCUAUAAUGGAGACUACAUGUAUGCAAGUAUACCUCCUUUCAACUUCAUGCAAAGAGUCCAGGAAUUGUGGCGGAUAUUGAUUGGACUUUAUCGGCACAACAAUGAAUAUUACAAACGAGAAGAAGCAGUGUACCUGAAGCAUAUAGUCCCUAUCCUGAAGGAGCAAGGGAAACCAGUACCUGAUUAUAAUGUGCUGAAGUAUAAUGCGUCUUUACUGCUGGGCAACUCUCAAGUGGCGAUUGGUAACGCAGUGCCACUACCACCAAGCUACAAGCACAUUGGAGGUUACCAUAUCGAGGAUGAGGUUAAGCCCUUACCAGAGAAUUUGAAGAAGAUUUUGGAUAAUUCCAAGAAUGGUGUGAUUUACUUCAGCAUGGGCUCCAAUUUGAAGAGCAAGGACUUGCCGGAUGAACUGAAGAAGGGUCUGCUGGAGGUGUUCGGAGGAUUGAAGCAGACUGUUUUGUGGAAGUUUGAGGAGAAUCUACCAAACCAGCCUAAAAACGUUCAUAUAGUGCAGUGGGCACCACAACAGAGUUUGUUAGCCCAUCCUAACUUGAAGUUGUUCGUCACUCACGGUGGUCUCCUGUCACUCACUGAGGCGGUCCACUUCGGAGUCCCAGUAAUUGCCAUUCCAGUCUUCGCAGAUCAGUUCCUCAACGCAAACCAAAUUCAACAUAAAGGAAUUGGGGAAAAACUUGAUCUUUCUUACAACUUACAUAAGGACUUGAAGGUCGCUUUGGAUAAGGUUCUUGCUGAUCUUCCCAGGUACACUGCCAAAAUUAAAGAGAUGUCUGUAGCAUACCACGACAGUCCGAUGAAGCCGAAAGAAGCGCUGAACUUCUGGGUGGAGCACGUGGUGCGGACGCGCGGCGCUCCACAUCUGCGCUCAGUGGCGCUGCAAGUACCGCUGUACCAGCAAGCGUACCUAGAUCUGUUAGCUGUAAUACUGGCAGUUGCUGUUGUUAUAUUACUAGUGGUUAAGAAAAUUCUACGUUUCCUUAAAUCUCAGGAGAGUAUAAAACAGAAGAAGAAUUAA